AUGAAAACUUUGACUUUGAUGACUCAGGGCAGGAGAGCUACUCCGAUGAUCAGAAUGAAACUAAGACUCGACAAGAAAAUACCAAAUUCUUGGUCUGAAAAUGGAUAUGCUGAGAGAGACUGGAUGUUAUCAUUUAUGAAGAGACACACAAAAUUAUCCCAUAGAAAACCAGAGAACACCAGUCGGGCAAGGGCAAGUGCCUUUAAUAAACAUAACGUGGCACAGUUUUUUGAGAAUUUAAACAGUCUACAGGGCAAAUAUAGAUUUAUGCCUGAUCGAAUCCUAAACACCGAUGAGAGUGGUAUUAGCACCGUACUACAGGCGCCAAAAGUUAUUGCUCCUACUGGUCAGAAGCAAGUUGGCCAGAUUGUAUCGGGCGAACGGGGAACUUUAGUUACAUUUUGCGGAAUAGUUUCUGCUACUGAAGCAGCUAUUCCUCCUAUUUACAUUUUUCCAAGGCAAAGGAUAAAACAGGAAUAUUUAUAUGUGUCCCCUACCGGUGCUAUUGCUCUAGGCUCCAAAACAGGAUGGAUGACCACAGAAUUGUUUCCUGCUGUACUCGGGCACAUUAAGAAGUAUACAUACUGCACUGUGGAAAAUCCUAUUCUAUUAAUAAUUGACAAUCAUGGUACGCAUGUUUCAUUGGAGAGUAUAAAUUAUUCUAGGGCGAAUGGCAUUGUUUUGUUAUCGUUGCCGCCACAUAGCACGUAUAGAAUGCAGCCUCUUGAUAUUUGUAUUUACGGGCCGUUUAAAUCGAGGUGCAAGGUCGCAUUUAACGAUUACAUGGGUACCAAUCCUGGAAAAGCUGUCAGAAUUCAAGACAUUGCUAGAUUAACUGCCGACGCAUACCUGCAAUCAUUUUGUCCCAAUAAUAUAGUCAAAGGAUUCAAAAGAUCAGGUAUUUGGCCCAUUAACCAUUUGGUUUUCACGGAUGAGGACUUCUUGCCAGUAGAAUCUACUAACCGUGUAGAUUACAGUUUAUCCCAACUUCCUGAAUAUGAGAUCUCUCAGAAUAACAUCAAUAU